CUGGAUGCUGAGCGAGAACAAGGAAAAAAGCGAUUCAUUGUUCUGAUCUCUUUCUUUAGAAGCCAUGUCAGCUAUGAGUGAUCUGCGCUUCCCUGUCGAUGUCCGACUUAUCGGCGUGAUGAGGAAAGAAAAGAGCAAAAUGUACAUUACAUCCGUGUUAUGGUCUGACCAGAGCGAGAUGAUAGUGUACAGGUCUCUCCAGGACUUCAAGAGGCUUCAUAGGCAGCUGAAAAAGAAAUUUCCUGUGGAAAAACCAUUUGGUAAAGAGGAUAGAGUGCUCCCCCAUUUUGGAGCCCGAAACACAAAGAGAACCUUUCCGCUGAAGGGUCUGGUCAAGUCUGUGCAUCGAUUGAACGGUCUGGAGAAGUAUUGUUGCAGUCUGUUGCAGUGUAACUCUGCUGUAUCACAUUCCACAGCUGUUAUUCAGUUCUUCCUGCCAAAUGAGCAAGAGCUUCAGAAAGAGUUUACCCAAAACAGUGUAAUGAUUCUGCAAUCUGAAAACAUCCCCACUGUCAAUCGAGGAAAUAAAUGUCUGAGCAUUGGCAAUAUGACCCAGCCUUUUGUAUCCAAGACAUAUAGAUGUGUGGCUCCAUAUGAGACUAAGGAUACAAAGUACAAACCCUUUAAGGUUGUUAAGGAGGAAAGACUGAAUGUGCUCAUCAAAGACCAAGCAGGUUGGUGGCUCGUCGAGAAUGAAGAUAAAUGUUUAGCAUGGUUUCCUGCUCCCUACUUGGAGUUAUGUGAUAAGGAAGAAGAUGAGGAUGAUUUCGACUCAGCUAUUGUUGAAAUGCCACUGUACUGUGCCACAAGAGGUUAUACUUCCAAAAAAGAGGAUGAGCUGUCCCUGAGCAUUGGUGCUGUUGUGGAGGUGUUACAGAAGACUAAUAAUGGCUGGUGGCUUGUUAGAUAUAACAGAAAGGCAGGCUAUGUGCCCUCCAUGAUCCUAAAGCCAUACAACAGCCCCACAGUUGGCCUUCAGAAUCUCCAGAGGAAACUUCAUAUUUGUACUAUUUCCACCAACAACUCCUUCAAGCAGGACGCAAACUCCACUGAGCCUCAGGUCCACACACAAUACAGAAUGAAUAGUUUCCUCAAAUCCUGCUCUCUGGAAGUGCUGUCAGAUCCUCAGAGCCAGUACAGUGCUCCAGAGGAUGAAGAGCAUGAGGAGUCUGACAGCCUCAAGAACAGCUUCAGCGAUAAUGCAACCAACUUAAGCUUCAGUUCCUCAGACACUGAAUCUAUGAGCCCAAGCAUGUCCAGCUCAGAUGGAGAAGAGGGCCUGAGACAGCCUGAUAAAGAGCCAGAGUCAGACGGCAACGAAAGUGGUAUUUCCAGAGGCCAGUCCAGCCCCACCAGCUCAGAAAGUGGUGACCCAGUGAAUGCAGCCAGAUACCCCAGGGUACCACAAAGACCGCAAACGCAAGAGAUCCUCAGUCGCUGCACUACCUACACCCGUAAAGCUGCUCUAGCAAACACUGCACGUCUGUUCCCUGAAAGAGCAUGUUUAGUAGAUGGAGGUAGAGCGCAAAAGGGGUGUGAGAGAGUUCACUGAAAAAGAAAGUAUGGUUGCAUAAUAAUGACACACUAAAUAAUUUUUUCACUUCAUAACUUCUGCAUAACCUCUACUGUUCUUUUUCUACAUGAUUCACUGUAAUCUCUUUGUAUUGUCUCUUGUAGUCCUUUGUGCAGAUGUAUCAAUCAAAUAAUAAAUAGCUUGAUUAAAGAAAGGCAGUUAAAGGAAUAUUCCGUGUUCAAUACAAGCUAAGCUCAAUCGACAGCAUUUGUGGCAUAUUAUUGAUUACCACAAAAAUUCAUUUUGACUCGUCCUUCUUUUUCUUUAAAAAAAUGCCAAAUCCUGGGUUACAGUUAGGCACUUACAAUGGAUGUGAAUGGUACCAGUCUGUAAACGUCAAAAUUACUCACUGUUUUAAAAAGUACAGACACGAGACAUAAACUACAGUAUAUGUGUGUUAACAUGAUUUUAGUGUGAUAAAAUCGCUCACUAACCUUUUACAGCUAGUUACAAACAAAUUUACCACUUCGGUGCCAUCAUGUAAUGUGAACAAACCCUAAAACGACUGUAAAAUUGACAAUUUAAACAACUUUAUAGCUCAAAUAAUACACAAGUUUUAUCAGAAGAAUUCAUGUAAGUGCUUUUAUAAAAUAAUAAGCUUCACAUUACUGCCUUUAAACCCUCCAAAUAUUGUCAUCAUUCACUUCCUCACUGUAAACUUGAUUUUUGAAAGAAAAGGAGGAAUGAAUCAAAAUGAUUUUUUUAUUUCUUUGUGGUAAUCAACAUUAUGCCACAAAUGCUGUCGAUUGGCCUUAACUUGUAUUGAACCUGGAAUUUUAAUUGAAUGUAUGUAUUUAACAGAUUUGAAUUAAGUACCAUGGCUUCAGUUUUAUUUUUUUCACCAAGUUUAUAUUCAGUCGUCUUUUUGCAUGUUCUGAAGUGAAUUGUUUUCCAUACUGGAAAGUUUUAUUUGACCUUUUUCUUAUAAGCCUGUACACGUUUCAGUAAAUAUUUCUUACUGCACCCAUUUUUAAUGCUUCUGUUCUCAUGUAAUUAAAGCAUUAACUUGCCAUGAAAUAUAUAUUGUAGACAAUAUAAAACUUGUUGUUGAUAAAAUAA